AUGUGUGGGGGAAACAGCUCCAGCCUGACCCCAGGAUUCUUUAUCUUGAAUGGUGUCCCUGGCCUGGAAGCUGCACACACCUGGAUCGCCCUGCCCUUCUGCUUCAUGUACAUCAUUGCUGUCCUGGGGAACUGUGGGCUCAUCUACCUCAUCAGCCAUGAGGAGGCCCUGCACCGGCCCAUGUACUACUUCCUGGCCCUGCUCUCCUUCACAGACGUCACCCUGUGCACCACCACUGUACCCAACAUGCUGUGCAUAUUCUGGUUCAACCUCAAGGAGAUUGACUUCAACGCCUGCCUGGCUCAGAUGUUUUUUGUCCACACGCUGACCGGGAUGGAGUCUGGGGUGCUCAUGCUCAUGGCCCUGGACCGCUAUGUCGCCAUCUGCUACCCCUUACGUUAUUCCACCAUCCUCACCAACCCUGUCAUCGCCAAGGCUGGUCUUGCCACCUUCCUGAGGGGUGUGCUGCUCAUCCUCCCAUUCACUUUCCUCACCAAGCGUCUGCCCUACUGCCGGGGAAACUUCAUUCCCCACACCUAUUGUGACCACAUGUCCGUGGCCAAGGUGUCCUGUGGCAACUUCAAGGUCAAUGCUAUCUAUGGUCUCUUGGCAGCCCUCUUGAUUGGGGGCUUUGAUAUGUUCUGCAUUUCUCUGUCUUACACUAUGAUCUUGCGAGCAGUGGUGAGUUUGUCCUCUGCAGAUGCUUGCCAGAAAGCCUUCGGCACCUGUACAUCCCAUAUAUGUGCUAUUGUCAUCACCUAUGUUCCAGCCCUGUUCACCAUUUUUACUCAUCGUUUUGGGGGACAAAACAUUCCCCACCAUGUCCAUAUUCUGAUUGCUAAUCUCUAUUUGAUGUUGCCUCCUACCCUGAACCCCAUUGUUUAUGGAGUCAAGACCAAGCAGAUCCGGGAAGGAGUCAUCAAGUUAUUUUUUAAAGAGAAAGAUGUCUUAGUUGUGAAAUAAAUUCACGAGUUAAAUCCAAAAUCAAGGAAAGACAAGAAAUGUUUCAGAGGAGAUUCUUGAGCAUAACUUUAACGUCAGUGGGCUCAUUGCAGAAAACAGUAUGCAUUGAAUAUCUACUAUAAUAACUGAAUUC